AACUGAGAGAUGAAGUGGCAACGUUGAAAACACUUGUUGGCAAUCUGGAAAAAAACAAGUCUGGCCUCGAGGCAAAAAUUGACGCCAUUCAGACCGAGAACAAUCACCUCGGUGAGAAAUUGUCUGCGCUUAAAGCAGACUUCGAUGCAAUGAAAAAGCAAAAAGCCAUCUUCGAGACAGAAUGCAAUGCCUUAAAGCAAACCAAAGAGGAACUUGGUAUGGAAAGUGGGAUGAAGGAUAAUGUCAUUUUCGAAUUACGGACAAAGAUGAAUCUGUUCGAGGAGAUCAAAACUGAGAGGGAUGAGAUGGUGGAGGAAAUAGAAAAGCUUAAUAUUGCGCUUAAAGAAUUGUAUGAGGUACAGGAAGUUAAGGUGAAACUGGAGAUCGAAGUCAAGGACCUUACAGUAAAACUAGCUGAGUUCGACGCCCUCAAGAAGCACGCGAAUGAGCUUGAUGCAAAACUAAAGCAGACAGAACAGAGUUUCAGAGAGGUAGACCACGACAGGCAGAAACUGGUAACUGAAAAUGAAAAUCAAACUGUCGAGUUACAUCAGGUUAAUGAGAAGGCAGUAGCUUUAGAAUCAGAUCGUGACGGUCUCAUAGUAGAGAUGAGAAAGUUACAAAGAGAAUACGAGAAUCUCAAAACUGCGCAAUCGAAACUUGAGUCUCAUCGAGACGAACUAAAGAAACUAGUUAUGGAGUUAGAAAAUGAAGUAAAGAGGACCAAGCUGGAGUUGACACAUGCUCUUGCCAGUAUAAGAACGCAAGACACUAACAGAGAAAAGUACAAAGAACGUUGUGAGCUAGAGAUGUCUAAACUUAGAGAGAGAGUUAGUCAGCUAGAAGCAGACCUUACAAAACAGAGACAUGAACAUACUGGUCUAAAAGCAACGAAGGCACAGCUAGACACAGUUUACAAAACUGACAGGCAAAAAUGGAAAGGGCAAUCUGAGGAACUGCAAGCUAAGAUCGAGGAUCUGCAGUCAGAACUUGGUGAAGUCAACACAGAAAGAGGAAACCUCAAGUCUGAGAACAGAUAUCUUCAGGAGGCACUGUCCUCUAAAAGCACGACAUGGGAUAAGGAAAGAGAUAGAUUGAUGGGUGUCAUCAAAGACGUUGAAAAUGAUAACGACAAUCUAGAGGAACAGCUAGACAGGGCUAAAGCAGAGCAUGGAGCCUUGGAGCAGGAGAAGAGUGGCAUUUUCUUAGAGAAACAGCACUUGGAUACUACGGUAGAGCAGAUGAAUAAGAAAGUUACCAUACUAGAAACAGAAAAGCUAGAAUUCAUUGAAAGGAUAGACAACCUAAGUGAGGAGUUAGGUGUAGCAAGGGGCAACAUUGGCUGCCUAAGUGAGGAAAUAGAAAGCCUAAAAGAGGCCAAGUGUGCCCUGGAAACAGAACUGAGAACACUUCAAAAACAGAUGACAGCAUUAGAGGAUGACAAAGUAAGACUCAGUGAUGAGUUAGCGGAGAGUAUCAAGGUGUGUGAUAGCCUAAAGACAGAAAAGGAACAACUAGAGGCCAUGCAAAAAUCUGUCGAUGAGGCCAGGAAUGCAGAAAAGGCUGAGUCGCAAGGAAACAUAUCGGCACUUAAUGACAAAAUAACUGAAGUUGAAACAAAGUACAGUACUCUGACUCAAGAACACGUGCAACUGAAAACUGCUCAUGAAAGCCUAUCAGAACAAAAGCAAGCAGUUGAUUCUAAGCUGUCAGAGAUCGAAGCAGAGCUGAAAGCAAAGGUUAGCCUUCAUGACGAAACACUUAGGGAUAAAGGUGUUCUAAAGAGUGAAGUAGAGAAGCUCCAUGAGCAGAUCGAGCAAUAUCAGAAGAUAGAGAUUGAAAAGGGUCAGUUGGAAACGGAAGCAGAGCAGUUACGACUAAAGGCGUUUGAACUAGAAGAGACCAAGAUCCUAAAGUCCGAUCUAGAAACGGAACUACAGAGAUGGAAAACCAAAUUUGAUGAACUACAGACAGUGCGGUUAAGCAUACAGACUGAGACAGAAACAAUGAUGAUACAAGUUGAGGAGAUGAAUACGACUAUAGCCAAUUUGCAAUCGGAAAAAGACGCAUUGGAGUGUGGAAAAGAUGCACUCGUGUCAGAGAAAACAACUUUAGACGCUGACAACAAAGCAUUUAAAGAAACAAUAGAGAGGAUGGAAGGUGAAAUCUGUACACUGACAGAACAAUUAGCACAGACUGUAGCUGAGCGUGACCAGAUCACGGCUAAGAGAGAUGACUUUCAAGCCAAAACUAAUACUCUUACACAAGACUUAACUGUGUUAAGGGCCGAGCAUGACAUGCUUAAGGGAGAAAAUGACAUGUUAAAGAAGGAAAGGAAUCAAAUGAAGUCUGACACUACGAAAAUGACAUUGGAGCAGACUCAUGCACAGAAGACCAUUCAAAACCUACAAACUAGCUUAGAGAGGUAUAAGGAGCACAGCAAAGAGCAGGCUACCAAGCUGAAAGACAGAAUAACCCAGCUUGAUUCAGAACUCAAAACAUUGAGAAAAGACCAUUCAGAUCUCAAAGCAGCUAAAAGUGAGCUGGAAAGGGUUUCUAAUACCGAGCAGCAAAAACUGACAAUUCAGACAAAAGAGCUGAAUGACAAAGUAACAGACCUAACUAACGAACUUUGUAUCCGUCAAAGUGAUAAUGAUACUCUUAAAAAGGAAAAACAUGAGCUAGAGGAAACCAUUACAUCAGCGACAAAGGAGUGUGAAAUGAUGGAAGAGUCUUUGAACUCAACGAUAGCGGAGCUCACAUCUGAACGUGACAAAUUAAGAACAGAUCUAUCUACAAUUGCAGCAAAGCUUAGUGAUCUUGCAAAGGAGAAAUCUAGGCUUGAUGAUCAGGUAGAAAAGCUAGAGAAAGAUCUGGAAAACCUGCAGACAAAGUAUGCUACGUUGUCUGAGGAGAAGUCGAAGUUAGUGGAAGAAAAAGAAAAGUUGACAGGCGAACUAAGCGACAAUGAAACCACAUUGGGCUCUCUUACAAAGGAUAGGGAUGCGCUUGCGACAAAAGAGAAAACUUUAAACUCUGCAGUUGAAGAACUGAAGCAAAAAUUAGAUCAGUUGGAAAAUGAAAACGGUUCAUUGACAGAACAGCUAGCACAGUCUAUAGCUGAAUGUGACCAGACUCGAGCUGAAAGAGACGGUUUUGAAGUCAAAACUAAUACCCUUACACAAGAUAUGACCAUGUUAAGGGAUGAGUAUGACAUGCUGAAAGGGGAAAAGGAUAUGUUGGUGAAGGAAAAGAAUCAAAUGAAAUCAGACACUACGAAAAUGACACUGGAACAGACUCACGCUCAGAAAACUAUUCAGAACCUUCAAACUAGCUUAGAGAGGUAUAAGGAGCACAGCGAAGAGCAGGCUACCAAGCUGAAAGACAGAAUAACCCAGCUUGAUUUAGAACUUAAAACAUUGAGAAAAGACCAUUCCGAUCUCAAAGCAGCUAAGAGUGAGCUAGAAAGGGUUUCCAAUACCGAGCAGCAAAAACUGACAAUUCAGACAAAAGAGCUGAAUGAUAAAGUAACAGAUCUAACCAAUGAGCUUUGCACAUUACAAAGUGAUUAUGAAAGUCUUAAAAAGAACAAACACGAGCUAGAAGAAACUACUGCGUCGACAGGAAAGGAAUGGGAAAUGAAGGUAGAUUCCAUGAACUCAACCAUAGCAGACCUCACUUCUGAAAGAGAUAGAUUAAACGCAGAUUUAGCCACAAUGAAGACCGAGCUUAGUGAUCGUACAAAAGAGAAAGCCAGCCUUGACAACCAGGUAGAAAGGCUAGGGGAUGACUUAGAAAACUUGCAGACACAGCAUGCUAAACUGACUGAGGAGAAGGCUAAUCUAGAGGGAGAAAAAGAUAAGUUGACAAGUGAACUGAGCGAAAGUAAAACCACAUUGGAUUCACUUACAAAGGAGAGAGAUGCGCUUGUAUCAAAAGAGAAAACAUUAAACUCUGAAGUUGAUCAACUGAAACAAAAGCUAGAUCUGUUGGAAACUGAAAAGGGCUCAUUGACAGAAAAGCUAGCACACACUAUUGCUGAAUGUGAUCAGAUUAGAUCGGAAAGGGAUGGCUUUGAGGUUAGCAUCAAUACUCUUACACAAGACGUUACUAUGUUAAGAACAGAACAGGAUAUGCUAAAAGGGGAAAACGAGAUGUUGUUGGAGGAAAAGAAUCAGCUAAAAUCCGGUCUGACUCAGUUUGAAUCUGAAGCGAAGAAAAUGAACUUGGAGCAGACCCACAAACAGACGACCAUACAAAAUUUACAGGCCAACUUGGCAAGGUUUAAAGAGCAAAGUGAAGAGCAGACAACUAAGCUAAAAGAAACAAUAGACCAACUCCAAGCAGAACUAAAAGCACUUAGAAAAGAGCACGCUGACUUGAAGGCGUCUAAGGCAGAACUUGAGAGAGUAAACAAUACUGAGCAACAAAAAAUGACAGUGCAGAUAAACGAGCUAAGCAAUAAAGUGACAGACCUAACCAAUGAGCUUUGCCUAUCACAAACUGAGAGAGACACGCUUAAGACAGAUAAACAUGGCUUGGAAGAAACCCUUGCAGCAGAGAGGCAGGAAAAAGAGUCGAUGAAAUCAAUUAUGACAGACCUCACGUCUGUCAGUGACAAAUUACACACAGAGUUGGGAGAAAUAAGGAUAAACUCCGACGACCUCAUAAAGGAAAAGAACAGUCUUAACGAACAGGUUAAACGUCUGGAAGAUGACUUAGACAACCUCAAACAAAUGCAUGCAAAGUUGACUGAGGAGAAAUCUAACCUAGAGGCAGAGAAAGACAAGCUAGCAAACGAUUUGACAAAUGUUAACACAGCCAUGAGUACUCUUAAAACUGAACAUGGAGAGCUCGAAUCAGUAAAGGAGACUUUGCAAUCUGAGCUUGAUCAACUAAAGCAAAACCUAGAUCAGUUGGAGACUGACAGAUUUGAACUAACCGAGCAAUUAGCACAGGCCAUAACUGAAUGUGACCAGGUCAAAGUCCAGAGUGAUGAUCUUAGAACUAGUUCUGACACUCUAACACAAGACCUUGUGUCAAAGAAUGAGAUAUUAACAACGGAAGUGGCUAAGCGUAAGCAGGAUUGCGAGAAACUACAGUCUGACAUAAAACUGCUUGAAUCGGAAAAACAGAAAAUGACAAUAGAACAGGCCCACAGCCAGACGACAAUCCAGAACCUGGAAAAUAACUUAGGUAGAUUCAAAGAGCAUAGCGAAGACCAAGCCACAAAGCUGAAGGGUUCUAUAGGCCAUUUUGAAUCAGAACUAAAAACACUGAGGAAAGAACAUUCGGAUCUCAAAAUGUCACAUGCUGAGCUAGAAAGGGUCCAUACGACCAGUCAGCAAAAAUGGACCAUACAAAGAAACGAACUAAACAAUAAGAUAGCUGACCUAACUAACGAGCUGUCUGUGUCUCAGACCAGUGCAGAGGCUUUCAAAACGGAAAAAUACGACUUAGAGAAAACGCUCUCAUCCGAGCAGAAGGAGUGGGGGGAGAAGGUAACGUCCCUGAAAUCGAUGAUGUCAGAACUUGACUCUGAAAGAGACGGUUUGACGAUAGACUUAGGGACAGCCAGGGAAGAAGUUGGCAAUCUAACUCAGGAGAAGGUUAAACUUGGUUCACAGAUCCAAAGCUUGACAGAUGAACUGGAGGGGUACGGAGAGAAUAUGCCGCUUUGGACGAACAAAGGUCUCAACUGGAGGAAGAGAGAAGUAAGCUUUCAGCAGAGCUGAGUGAUACCAGGAAUGAGAUUGACUCUCUCAAAGAAGAAAAGAAGGCACUUGGCUCAGAAAAGGGAACGUUAGAAUCAGAUGUAGACACACUAAAACAAAAGGUAGAUGAGAUGGCUACUAAAAUUUCCGAACUCACAGAACAAUUAGCUCAUAGUAUAGCAGAAACUGAAC